AUGAGGCCCGCCGCCGCCAGCACCGGCGGGUUCUGUCUCGUGCUCCCCGCGGCGCACAGGCCUCCUCCUUGUCUUCCUAGCAGCAGUAGCCGAAGAGGAGUAAGAAUACGAGCGGCGGAGGCAGCAGCGCCAGCAGGCGGCGGCGGCGCGCUGCUGGGGCGUCCCCUGGAGGACGUGUACAAGGUGCGCGUGGAGCGCGGCGAGGUGGCGCGGGCGCGGGUGGAGGCGCUGCGGGUCAUGGAGACGUGGUCGUCGUGGCGCACGGGCGGCCGGUGCCGGAUGCCGUGGGACUGGCAGGUGGACCAGCUCGUGUACGUCGUGUCCGGGGAGGUGAAGGUCAUCCCCGCCGGCGCCGUCCACGGCGACGACUACAUGCACUUCGUGGCCGGGGAUCUGGUCAGGUACCCGCGCUGGUUCGAGGCCGACCUCUACUUCGACGGCCCGUACGAGGAUCGCUACCGGUUCCUCGCCUACGGAGACGACAACUAG